ACGCACACCACUCAUAGAAAUACUUCGACAAGCGUGCAGAUUUGAGAGCUCCGGAAAUCUCUGACGUAAAUCGGGCUAGAUCUCUUUCGAAACAACGAAGCUCACUUCUACAGACUGGAGAUGUGUAGCAUUGAGACUGUGCCCUCGGCGCCAUCCACCGAAACUGCUCUGAGGCGUCGCUAUCCUGUCCUCGAGAACGAAGAAUUCCAUACUUUGACACAAUUGGUCCAAGCGAGCUGCGCGUCGAGUGCAGCAGCAGAACAGUCCUAUUACGAGGAGGACUCGGGGGGAGAGAGUGGCGCUCAAAUGAACAAGGGAGCCAAGAUUGGUAUGGGUGUUGGCAUUGUGGUUGUGGUCGUCCUGACUGUUAUUGCUAUUGGGUUCUGUUUGUUGGAUUGCAGGCGUAAACUCAAGAAACGACAAAGCGCACGACACAGUGGUGAGGAGGAAGUUGCCAUAUGGGAGGAUCAACUGCAGCGUGCAAGGUCUGGCCCACCGAAAAAUGAAGGCGCCGGCUUGUGGGACAAGUUAAAAGAUAAAAGCUCACUGCCCAAAAUACACGAUGACCUCGGCGAUACUCCGUCUAAGGGCCACUGUAACGACAAGCAGAUUGAUGGGGCAGUCGACGAGAAAAGUCGACAUUCGGAAUACAACUGAGAUUAUCGGAAAGUACGUAAUAUUCUACGGCCGGAUUAACAGAAG